AUGAAAUCCUUCUCCACCAUCCUUGAUGCCCUCAGCCAUCAUGCUACGGAAACUCCAGGCCAGAUCGUCUUUACUUGGGUCGAUAUACACUGCGAAGAGAGAAACAAGAUGACAUUCAAACAGGUCGAAGACCAAUCCAAUGCCGUGGCUGCCCGUCUCCUCAAGCUGGGGUGUGAAAAGGGAGACCGUGUCAUGAUUGCCUAUCCCUUUGGCCUCGAGUUCUUGGCCGGUAUGUUUGGAGCCAUGAAAAUCGGGGUCAUCCCAUGCACCAUCUAUCCACCCAAUCCCAACCAGCUCAAAACAGAUAUGCCAAAGUUCCGCAGAUUUGCGGAGGAUGCUGGAGCCAAGUUUGCACUCUCCACCAAUAUGUUUGCUGCUGGUAUGACUGCUGCUAGUGUCCUUUACAAGACAGGUGUUGCAUGGAUUGGAACUGACAAACUACCAAUCAAGAAGAGCAACCCCAGCAAGCCAAAAAAUUACGAGAUUUUUGUGGGAGAGCCCGAAGAUAUCUGCUUCAUCCAGUACACCUCCGGCAGCACAGGACGUCCCAAGGGAGUCAUGAUCAGCCAUGACAAUUUGUCUGAAACGUGCAAGGCUGGAGUUUCUUUGACUGAUUGUUUGAAACCUGAUGAUGUUGAAGUCCUAUGGGUUCCACAAUACCACGGUAAGUUCUAG